AUGAAGAAAAUUAACUUUGUUACACUUCUUCUUAUUGCAUCAGCAAGCUUAGGGUUUGCUCUUUCAUCUCAAAAAACAAUUCAAGAACUUAACCCUGUAAUAGGGUCAAUCGUUCCACAAUGUCAAAAAACUUUAUUUGACAUUGCAACUGGUCCAGAAUUCCUUAAAUGUAUACCAUUCCAACGUUUAUUAUCUCAUGUAUCAGUUUUAACCGACCCCAAAAUUAUAGGAAAAGUUUUAUCCGAUCCACAUAAUAAUUAUAAACCUAUUCUUGAAGAACCACUUGUAAAUUUUUCCGAAAGACUUUGUUCUUCUCCAAGGUGUAGUGAUAAAGGAAUUGAAAACAUGGUUGAAGCUAUAAAGGUUGGAUGUGAAUCCGACCUCUCUAGAAAUCAAUUAUUACAAUUUAUAUUUGACGCUAUCGCCCUUUAUCCUGCGAUUAGAGAUAUGAUAUGCUACAAGAAUGAAAAAGUAUUCUGCUGGAACGAAACCAUGACAACUGUUUUUGAUUUACCUUCAUCGCCAAUUACUAUUACUGGUAAUCUAUUAAUCGAUUCAAUUGCUGUUGCAGACCCAAAUAAAAUUUGUACUAGAUGUAACAAGGACAUAGUUACCACUUUUUUUACUUUCAUAAAUAACAAUGAUCUUGCACUACAAAUUUUGAAAAGUUUAGAAAUUAAUGAUGAUAUAUUAAACAAGAUUAAAUCGAGUAUUGCUAUAAAAUGUGGAAUUGAAUUUGAGGAAUUUUUAUUCUUUCAAAUGGAAUUUAACGUGUCUAAUUUCAAUUAUUAA